AUGGCGGCCGAGGGCGAGCCCAGACUGAGUCUGUGCAAGAGAAGGAGGGAGAUGAGGGGCACGGCCAGCCCCCUCUCGGCCUGCGAGGCGCGGCAUCACCGUGGGGCAGCGCGUGAGGGUGGCGGGGCCUCCCCGAGAGACGCUGGCGCUGGGGCUCCCGCCCGGAGGCUCGCGACUCGCGCGGCCCGCAGGAGCGCGCCAGCCACGGGCAGCAUGAAGACGCCCCCACUACUGGCCCGGCACCGUGGCGCUGCACAAGACCUGCACGGACAGAAGUCCACGGAGCUGCUGACCGCGAGCUGCCCUGCCAGCGCCUGGUGCGCGAUCGCGCAGGAUAAGACCGGCCUGCGCUUCCAGAGCUCGGCCGUCGGGGCGCUGCAGGAGGCGUGCGAGGCCUACCUGGUGGGGCUGCGCGAGGACACCGACCAGUGCGCCAUCCACGCCAAGCGCGUCUCCAUCCUGCCCAAGGACAUCCAGCUCCCGCGCCGCGGGGAGAGGGCGUAA